AUGUCUGGCUUUUUCCGCAAGGUCGGUGAUUCCGACUCUGAAUCCGACAUCUCGUCGUCCGAGGAGGAGCUUUCUGAGCUCGAGUCUGGAGAUGAGCAGCCAAAGACCACCCAGCCCGCCGCUGGUCGCUCGCGCUUCAUGAAGGGAAGCGACUCGGAUUCGGACUCGGACUCGGACUCGGACUCGGACUCGGACUCGGAUGAAGAAUCGCUCGACUCGGACAAUGAGGAUGACGGCGAGCGCAACGACGGCAAGAAGGUGCCCACCUCUCGUUUCAUGAAGGGUGCCGCCGACAGCGACGACAGUGACUCGGAGGAGGAGGUGAAAAAGGUCGUCAAGUCGGCAAAGGACAAGCGUAUCGACGACAUGCAGACCAUUGUCAACCACAUCGAGUCCGCCCAGAAAUCCAGCGACUGGACCUCGAUCAACAAGGACUUUGACAACCUCAUGCGUUCCAUCGAGCGUCAGCGCACCUUGAACGAGCAGAUCCCCGCCUUCUUCUACAAGGCCAUCUCCCAGCUCGAUCAGUUCCUCAACGAGUCUGCCGCCAAGGAGAAGGAUGCCAAGAAAAAGAUGAAAGCACCCGUCGCCAAGGCCAUGAACGGCAUGAAGCAAAAGCUCAAGAAGGUCAUCAAGGAGAACGACGAGACCAUCGCCAGGUACCGCUCCGAUCCCGAAGGUUUCGAGGCUGCUGCCGAGGCUGCCUCCUCCGCUGCCGCCGCACCCACACAUGCUGAGACCGCCAUUUCUAGAGGCAACAACCAGCGUAUCGCUGCUGCCCUCGACCCGGAAGCCAACGACGACUUCCAGACCGUCGGACGUGGUGGCCGCACCGAGACCUUCACCUCGGAGGGUCUCUUCAAGAGCCUUGCCGCCAUCAUGGAGGCUCGUGGUAAGAAGAGCACCGACAAAAACGAGCAGAUCCGCAAGCUUCACGACCUCUCGGGUGUGGCCGACUCGCCCUACAAGAAGAUCCGCGUCAUCCUCGCCCUCGUCGCCGCUCGCUUCGACUACAACUCGUCGGCCACCGCCUACAUGCCCGUCGAGAUGUGGGACUCGGCACGCAAAGAGAUCAACGAGAUCCUCGCGCUGCUCACCAAGAACCGCAACUACAUUGUGCGCGAAGAGACCGAGGACUACGACGACCAGGUCGAGCGUGUCCCUGGCCAGAACGGCGAGAAGGACGUUGUCGCCGUGCGAGGCAGCAUCAUCAGCUUUGUCGAUCGUCUCGACGACGAAUUUACCAAGAGCCUGCAAAACAUCGACCCGCACACCACUGAAUACGUCGACCGACUCUGCGACGAGAAGAAGCUCUACGAGACCAUCGUGCUCGCGCAGGCCUACUUCGAGGGCCAGUCCGAGAACGAGGCACUUUCGCGCUGCACCGUGCGCCGCCUCGACCACGUCUACGCUAAGCAGGACGUCAUCAUCAAGGCGCUCGAGUCGACGCUCGGUGAGACGGCCAAGUCGUUCGAGUCCAAGCUCUUCCCUCCGGCUGCGCGUGUCGCCGAGCAGGACGGCCCUGCCGUGCUGGUGCGUGCCCUCUGCACCUACCUGUACCAGGCUCGCGGUAUCCAGGCCGAGCGUCCUCGAACGCGUGCUGUUCUCAGCCACAUCUACUUCCACGCGCUCCACGCCGACUACCACGUGGCGCGCGACAUGUUCCUCAUGUCGCACUUGCAGGACUCGAUCCAGCUGGCCGAUGUGGCCACGCAGAUCCUGUACAACCGUGUCGUUGUGCAGAUCGGCAUCUGCGCCUUCCGCAACGGCCUCAUCAAGGAGUCGCAAGUGGCGUUGCAAGAGAUCUUUGCCACAGGCCGUGUCAAGGAGCUGCUUGCGCAGGGUGUGCAGAAGCAGAACCAGUUCAGCACCAUCACGCCGGAGCAGGAGAAGCUCGAGCGUCAGCGUCAGCUCCCCUUCCACAUGCACAUCAACCUCGAGCUGCUCGAGUGCAUUUACCUGAUUUCGUCGAUGCUGCUCGAGGUGCCCAAUAUGGCUCUGGCAGGCAACGACCCGGAGCUGCGCAAGCGUGUCAUCUCGCGACCCUUCCGUCGUAUGUUGGACUACACGGACCGCCAAGUGUUCUCUGGCCCGCCCGAGAACACGCGCGACCACAUCAUGCAAGCGUGCAAAGCGCUGCAGAACGGCGACUGCAAGGCUUGCAUCGAGCUCAUCGCCGACAUUAAGAUCUGGAAGCUCAUGCCCGGUUCGGACGACGUCAAGGCGAUGCUCGCCAAGCGCAUCCAGGAGGUCGGUCUGCGUACUUACCUGUUUUCGUACUCGGCUUACUACGAGUCAGUGUCGCUCUCGCACCUCGCCGCGACGUUCGACGUCGAGGAGAAGGUGGUCAAGGCGAUGGUGAGCAAGAUGAUCCACAACGACGAGCUGGCUGCUUCGCUUGACCCUUCGGCCAACGUGAUUUCGUUCCACCGCCUCGAGUUGACCAAGGUGCAGCAGCUGGCAGCGACAUUGGCCGAGAAGGCCAACUCGAUGCUCGAGCAGAACGAGCGUCUGUUGGAUGCCAAGCUCGGCGAGGGCAAGGAGCAGAGGAGUGGUCCAGGUGGCGAGCGCGGCGAUCGCGAGGGUGGCCAAGCAGGUGGCAGGAGGGAGAGGAGAGGUGGCUCGGCAGCACGCGGCCGUGGCCGUGGUCGUGGACGUGCGCAACAGUUCCAGGCGCUCGGGCAAAAGGUCUAG